GUCUGAAUCUUGGAAUCGAAAAGAGCACAGCAUAGCUGUACUUGUAGCAGUAGUUGUUCGCGUUAUUUUCGUGUUCGGACCUCUACCUCUCAUCUCGGGCAGUCGUUCCAUUUCUAGAUCUGAGAAAUUUAUAUUUUUGCCCCCAGCGACAGCGACGGAACUUACAAGUAACAGAGUACCUAAUGAUCAGGACAACGCAUCACAAACACAGUUUGAACUUUUGAGAGAUUACUUUACCUUUACUAUGCCGAGAAUCAGCUCCUUCUCACCAUUCUGAAAAUCACGAGCAACACAAUGCCGAGUCACACUCACAUGCAGGCCGUACAUACGGCGUUUAAUGGCAUCCCAUCGUUUGCGACUGGUAUCAACAGUCAGGGAUACUCGCCACCGUUCAAGACAGAUGAUCUUUACAACACAUUGCGGCAGGCUGCGAGCGCGAACGACCGGGUAGGAUAUUUUUCACACUAGUUCUUCCGAAACAGAAUAUUUAAUACGCGCUGUUGCUAGCUGUAUUUACCUCUCAUGAUUGCGAAAGCUUGAUUUUUCAAUUUCAUUGAUUCCAUUUUUUUUCAGAGUAGAGGUGAUUCGGUGUAUGAGGCAUAGUUAAUGUCUUUGAUGAAAAAAUGCAUUGAUUAUGAGUUUGAUCAUCAACGUUUCUUCAGGCCUGGGUCGCAGCGAACACCGCUCAGAAUGCGUUAUCUGCCGCGACCGCAGCAGUUCAGCAGGCCGUAAUGCUGAUUAUGAACCAGAAAGCGACCGGACCGGCUUUGACGGAGGCGACGCCAUUUGGAAUGAAGACGCCACAUAUGCAGCGCGCACUAGAUACUCAACAGCUCGCGAGUAUUGACGACGUAAAUGCACUAGCAUUGGGAGAUCCAAGAAGCGGCAUUUUCGGAUGGACUCGGACAAUUGCAGAGGAGACCGAAGAUGAACAGGAGGACAGCUCUACAAGCAGAAGUAGUGCUUGUUAUAGGUGGGGUUCUUGCGGCACAUCAACUCCUCCAUUAACAUCAACUAGUAGUUCGAUGUGGAGGUGCAACAGCUCUACUGCAAGGCUGCGCCCUUUGCCCAGACGGAAUAAAAAAGAAGAAAGCGGGAGUCUUGCUAGAAGCAGCGAUAAGGAUAACGAAGUUGAAGAACACGGAAGGAGGGCGAAACGCUGGCGCAAUGAUGAAGGGGUUGCACAUAAAGCCGCAGCGACAUUUCUCGACUCCGAUCCGCAGGCAUAGAUAUGAGUAAGUAAGUACGAAGGAUCCUCGUCUUCCAUCGACAUUAGUGGUAACACAACUAAUAUCAUAAUGUACCGUAGUCCACUUGAUCUUGCUCCAACAUGUGAUGCAGUAAUAUGCGAACUUCCACCUUCGAUCCCCAAUUUCAAUUUUUGUCGCGCUCUUAUAAAAUAGAAUUUUCAAGAAAAACAAAAAGCAUGAAUGUGGAGCCCAGCGCGAAGGAAUGGAAUAUGAUAGAUACAUUAGAACUAAGUGGUCAUAAAAUUUACUACAGUUUUUACGUCACCGUUUGUACCAUACUGGACUUGCUAUCUUCGUCUUUAUUGAAAAUGCACAAGCACCAGGAACGACGUUUGAAAAUGUUGACACAGAAGAUGUAUUGCAGAGCUUCCUCACCUUGCUGCAAGUGUGAUAACAAAAACGAUGCUGAAUUUUUACGUGAUCUGUGUCUUUUAGGAGUACU